CCCGGUGCCGCCCCCGUGCCGGGCGGAGCUCCGAACCGGUCCCGUCCCCCGCAGAGCCGGCGGGAUGUGCGGCCGCACCGCCUGCUCCCUGGGUGCCGACAACCUCCGCCGGGCCUGCGCAUAUCGCGACAGGGUGGGCCAGCGACGACAGCCCGAGUGGAUCCGGGCGGAGCGGUACCGGCCCUCGUACAACAAGGGCCCGCAGUCCAGCGGGCCGGUGCUGCUCUCCCGCCGGCACCUCCAGCAGGAUGCCGACUCCUCCGAGCGGGUCCUCAUGGACAUGCGCUGGGGCCUGGUUCCCUCCUGGUUCAACAAGGACGACCCUUCCAAAAUGCAGUUCAACACCUCCAACUGCCGCAGCGAUACCAUGCUGAAGAAGUCCUCCUACAAGGGUCCUCUACUCAAGGGCAAGCGCUGCGUGGUCCUGGCGGAUGGCUUCUACGAGUGGCAGCAGCACAGCGGGGGGAAGCAGCCGUAUUUCAUUUACUUCCCCCAGAGCAAGGACGCCGUGGCGGAGGGGAAGGAUGGAGACGAGGAAUGGAGGGGCUGGAGGUUGCUCACCAUGGCUGGGAUUUUCGACUGCUGGGAGCCGCCGGCGGGAGGAGAGACGCUGUACACUUACACCAUCAUCACCGUGGAUGCCUCCAAGGACGUGAGCUUCAUCCAUCACAGGAUGCCAGCCAUCCUGGACGGGGACGAGGCCAUCAGGAAAUGGCUGGACUUUGCUGAAGUCCCAACCCAAGAAGCGGUUAAACUCAUCCAGCCUACAGAGAACGUCGUUUUCCACCCAGUGUCCACCUUUGUCAACAGCGUCCGCAACAACACACCCGAGUGUGUCGCGCCCAUCGAGCUGGGAGCCCAGAAGGAGGUCAAAGCCACCCCGCCCAGCAACGCGAUGCUGAGCUGGUUAAAAAGCUCCCAGGAGGGGUCCCCCCAGAAGAAAGAAAACGAUUUGCCCAGGUGGAAGAGUCAGUUCAUCCACAGCCCUUCGCCCAAGAAAACCAGCGCAGGUCUCCUGCAGCAGUGGCUGGGGAAGGAGGCAGAGCCGGCUGCGAAGAAGCGCAAGAUGUAAGCACCGUCUAGGAUGGCUGGCCAUCCUUUUCCCUCCUGGUUUUCUGAAGCAGAAUGAGGAACAUUUUCUUUGGAAGGCUUCACAGGUGGCUGUUGAGAUUCUCCAAGCCUCUCAGGUGUUGAUUUGAUGCUCUAGGUUGUUUGUCUCUGUUCUUCGUGUUCUGUUAAAGGUUGGUGUUCGUCUUUUAAGGUUUUGGCUUUGUCUUGUGCUGAUGGGAGUGGAUAUAACCUGCUGGCCUCCCUACCUGGGGGUCUAGAUAAAGCCUUGAGAAGCAUCUCAGCAUGCUGAGGAGGAGUCUCUUCUGCCUCUGACAGCAUUCACGGUUCACCUCUCCUGUUUUCUUUUCCCUUUUUUUUUUGUGUAUUAAACCGUUACCUCUUUUCUAUGUAAUUCCAUAUUGAUUCUGUACCAAUUUCCUUUUGAAUGCUCUCUCGAAAGAUGGCUGCAGUACAGAGGAACAUGCGAUAGAUCCUAGGAGGAAACCCCAGGUUCAGGAAGAUCUGCCAGAGUCGUCCCGUGUUGCCAUGUGCAUUCCUGGCUCCUGAACAGGGAGGUGUUUAAGCGGAGCCUGGGUAGAACUGGGCUUUGCUUGGGUUUCCCUGCGGGCAGCGGGUUGGGACAGCACGUCUUGGUCACGUUGUUUGUACAGGCAUUUCGUUAAUGGGAUUUGAAGACUUAGAAAGGAUUUUCUUGAUCUGUGGAGGGAUGUGCUCUGCCUUGUUCAUAAAGGUCAUUCAUUAAAGCCCGGAUAACCAAAGUGCCAUUACAGAACAGCACAGGGCAGUUGUUUUUGAGGUCAGGGAUUUUGUAAACAGAGCCAGAUGUUGCAGACCAAAAGCCUUACACGGUGGGACCCUUGCUGGAAAACAGUACUUCACUUUUAUUGGAAACAAUAAAAUGGGAUUAACUGGU